AUGAAGCCUGCUAUCCUCCUGGUCUUCAUUCUCUGCCAAGUUCUACCAGUCAGAGGCAAGUUCAAGGAAAUCUGUGAGCGACCCAAUGGCUCCUGCCAAAGAUACUGCAUUGAAACGGAGGUGUAUGUUGGACAGUGUUUAGACAACAGAUUCUGCUGCCUGCCACUUGGCAAGCAUCCCAGGAUCGAGAACACCACCCCCAGGAGGCUCCAAGCUCAGAAGCAUUCCAGCAGAGUUGUCUUUGCCCUUCUGUGCCUUAAGCUUCACUGCCCCAGAGGAGGUGCAGCCCCACCCCCAGCGAAUAAAAGCCCAAGAGCCCCUUGA